AUGCCUUCUACCGUCGAAGAAGACAUCAAUAUUGAUGACAUUGACUUCUCGGACCUAGAAUCCAAGUAUGCUGUCCAGGAGUCGGACAAUAUCCUGGCGAACUAUGUCGUCGUGGACGGUGCUCCGAUUGCGCCUGAGGCCAAGGCCGAGAUGCUGAAAAAAGUGCUGAACAAGCUUUUUUCAACUAUUGGAAAGGUCAAAGACAUGCACAUGCCUGUUGCAGAUGGAAAGACCAAGGGUUUUCUGUUUGUGGAGUAUUUCAAGCCUGAAUUUGCCGAUGCUGCUGUGAAGCAGCUUAACGGUAAGAAGCUGGAUGUCAAGCACAGGCUCUUGGUCAACAAGUUGUCUGAUAUCGAAAAGUAUGCCGUUGAGGGCCAUGUCACCGAUGAGUUCCAAGAACCAGAGAUCCCUCCUUUCAAGGAGACUGGAUACCUGAGAAGUUGGUUGCAAGACCCUACUGGUCGUGAUCAAUUUACUCUGCAAAUGAACGAUGUUGUUGGUGUAUACUGGAACAAGGCAAGACAGCCCCCAGAAGCUUGUGUUGAGCCCAGAGCUCACUGGACAAGUGCAUUUGUCAAGUAUUCCCCCAAGGGAAGCUUCCUCUUCAGUAUUCACCCUCAAGGUGUCCAGGCUUGGGGUGGUCCAGACUACGCAAGAAUGAAGAGAUUCGCUCAUCCUGACGUGAGAUUGAUUGAUUUCUCUGCGGACGGAAAGUUUUUAGUGUCUCUAUCUCCAUCUCCUAUAGUUCUUCCUCCUGAAGAUAGUCCCGCCAGAGCUUCGUGUCCAUUUGGACCUGAAAGCGAGGGCCACAAACUUGUUAUCUGGGACUUGGCCACAGGUCUUCCUGCCAGAACCUUCCCCUUGCCACCACAGUUGGAGAAAGAGAAGAAGAUGAUUUGGCCUCUGGUGAAAUGGUCCUACGACGACAAGUACUGUGCCAGAAUUGGGCCAGACGCUUUGGCCGUCUACGAAACCGAGACUUUCCAGCUUGUCGACAAGAAGAUCAUCAAGAUUGAAGGUAUUAUGGACUUUGAGUGGGCUCCAGCCGGUGUCUACUUGGCCAACUCCAAGAAAAACGAACCUGGUGAACACUUGCUAACCUACUGGACUCCAGAGAUUAACUCCAAUCAGACCGCCAGGGUUGCGGUUAUGCAAAUCCCUUCCAAGGAAGUGCUCAGAACUGUGAACUUGUUCCAGGUGUCCGAUUGUAAGCUCCACUGGCAAGACCAGGGUAAGUUCCUGUGUGUGAAGGUUGACCGUCACACCAAGUCCAAGAAGACUGUGUUCACCAAUCUGGAAUUCUUCCAACUCGAAGAGAAGGGAAUCCCUGUUGAGAAGCUCGAGCUUAAGGAUGUUGUGGUUAACUUCGCCUGGGAACCAAAGGGAGAGAGAUUCGUUGUUAUAUGCACCGUUGACAUGCCAAACGUGAGUGCAGCCGUUCCAAGAAAUGUUGUUGCUUUCUACGGUCCAGAGAUCCAAAAGGGUAAGAUCAAUCCUCAGAAGAAAUGGACCGAGUUCAAGUCCUUUGAUAAGAAGCGCAGCAACACCAUUUUGUGGUCGCCAAAGGGUAGAUUCGUUGCUGUGGCCACCGUCCUGGGUGCCCAAAGCAGCAACUCUGAGAUCGAGUUCUUUGACGCUGACUACGACGGCGAUAAGAAGGACCAGGAUGCCAAGAUCAAUGUGAACGCUAACCUCAAACUGGUGGCUCAGCACGAGUAUGCUGGCUUGACCGAUCUUGCCUGGGAUCCUUCCGGAAGAUACUUGGCUGCCUGGUCGUCUGCCUGGAGACACAAGAUUGAGAACGGAUACAGAUUGUACGAUCUGGCCGGACAUCUCCUGAGAGAAGACCUGAUUGACAACUUCAAGGCGUUUGAGUGGAGGCCAAGACCAGCCUCUCUGCUGACUGCUGCCGACAGAAAGAAGGUGAGAAAGAACCUGAAAGAGUACUCUGCCCAAUUCGACGAGCUCGAUGCCAUGGAGGCCGACACUGCUCUCAGAGAGUUGAUCCUGCUGCGUCGUAGACUUCUUAAGGAAUGGACAUCCUGGAGACAGACUGUUGUCGAGAAAUUGGCUGAACUUGGCUUGGACCAGAAGGAAGAGACCGACAACGAGGAGAUCAUCGAAGAGAUCAAGGAGGAGAUUCUGGAGGAGACCGAGGAAGUCAUUGAAUAG